AUGGUAAACAAUCUCUUGUUCUUGUUUUGUAUUUUUCUCUCGAUUUCGUUCGAUUCUUUUCUACGUUCUUACCCGUCCGCAAUAAAUCCUUCCUUUGCAAAAGAACUUUUCAAGAGAUUUCAAUUCCUUUCCCACUUUCUUUUUCUCUGUCACGGUACGUCCUCUUCAUUCUUGUCCUUCUCUCUUUAUCUAUCUAUAUUUGUUGUUUGUUUUUCUUCUUUUUUGCGUUUCCUUUCUUUGUUAUUUUGUUUUGAAAGUUUUUCUUUUUUGUUUUUUCGUUACUUACUUUCUUUUUUUUUUCCCCCGUUCUUUUUACUGUCAUUUAUCCUCUUUUUUUUUCUUCAUCUUUCCGUUUUUCUUUACUUUAUUUGUUUUCUUUCAUUUCCUUUCUUUCUGAUUUUUUUUCUGGCUUCUUCUUUUCUCUUAUCUUCCUUUCUUUUUACGCCUGAUCUAUUUAUACGUUUCAUUUUUUUUAUAUUUCAUCGCAGUUUCAUUUUCACCUUCAAAUGUCAGUUCUCUUAUUCUACAAAGCGACCCACCUACAUAACAAGCUCCCAUCUCUCUUUCCAGUGCCUACCUUUGUUUUGUCUUGUUUUUUUUUUCUUCUUUUCACCAUUCAUUUCUUUAUCUGUUUUUCGAUGUGUAUACUUCUUUCAUUUCUCACCAGCCCCAAGUCGGGCUCCCCAGUGCCUACGCGGUGGGCGUUCGUAUUCCGUUGGCGUUGUUGUUUCUCUCUCUCUCUCUCUCUCUCUCUCUCUCUCUCUCUCACACCUUGAAACUAUAUUUCUAUCAUAUCUAUAUCUAUAUCUAUCUUAUCUAUCUAUCUAUCUAUCUAUCUAUCUAUCUAUAUUUUCUCGCAUUUUCAAUUUGAUUUUCGUUAUCUAUCUAUCUAUCUAUCUAUCUAUCUAUCUGCGUUGCGGAAUCGGCUAUUUUCGUAAUUUUUUUAUACGUUCAUCUAUCUAUCUAUCUAUCUAUCUAUCUAUCUAUCUAUCUAUCUAUCUCUAUCUAUCUAUCUAUCUAUCUAUCUAUCUAUCUAUCUAUCUAUCUAUCUAUCUAAUUAUCUAUCUACAUCUAUUCAUAUCUGCCUUAGUCUAUUCAUAUCUAUCUAUCUGUCAGUCUCUUUAUCUAAGUCUAUUUACAUCUAUCUUCGUCUAUUUAUAUCUAUCUAUCUAUCUAUCUAUCUAUCUAUCUAUCUAUCUAUCUAUCUAUCUAUCUACAUUUAUUCAUAUCUGUCUUAGUCUAUUCAUAUCUAUCUAUCUAUCUGUCUGUCUCUUUAGCUAUCUAAUCUCUUUCUCUAUGUCUAUCUAUAUAUCUAUCUAUCUAUCUAUCUAUCUAUCUAUCUAUCUAUCUACAUUUAUUCAUAUCUGUCUUAGUCUAUUCAUAUCUAUCUAUCUGUCAGUCUCUUUAUCUAAGUCUAUUUACAUCUAUCUUCGUCUAUUUAUAUCUAUCUAUCUAUCUAUCUAUCUAUCUAUCUAUCUAUCUAUCUAUCUAUCUAUCUAUCUACAUUUAUUCAUAUCUGUCUUAGUCUAUUCACAAUCUAUCUAUCUAUCUGUCUGUCUCUUUAGCUAUCUAAGUCUAUUCAUAUCUAUCUUAGUCUCUUUAUAUUUUAUCUUAGUCUUUCUCUAUGUCUAUCUAUAUAUCUAUCUAUCUAUCUAUCUAUCUAUCUAUCUAUCUAUCUAUCUAUCUACAUUUAUUCAUAUCUGCCUUAGUCUAUUCAUAUCUAUCUAUCUGUCAGUCUCUUUAUCUAAGUCUAUUUACAUCUAUCUUCGUCUAUUUAUAUCUAUCUAUCUAUCUAUCUAUCUAUCUAUCUAUCUAUCUAUCUAUCUAUCUAUCUAUCUACAUUUAUUCAUAUCUGUCUUAGUCUAUUCAUAUCUAUCUAUCUAUCUAUCUGUCUGUCUCUUUAGCUAUCUAGUCUCUUUCUCUGUAUCUAUCUAUCUAUCUAUCUAUCUAUCUAUCUAUCUAUCUUAA